GGCGCGGGCUGCGGGAAUGAGGUAAAGGCGGGCGGGGCGCGCGGCAGGAAGCGGCGAGCGGAGCGCGGCGACCGGGCCCAUGGCGGAUACCGUGGAAGUACAUGAGGAGCAUGAUACUUCUACUGAAAAUGCAGAUGAUUCUAAUCACGAUCCUCAGUUUGAGCCUAUAGUUUCCCUUCCAGAGCAAGAAAUAAAAACUCUGGAAGAGGAUGAGGAAGAACUCUUUAAGAUGCGAGCAAAGCUCUUCCGGUUCGCAUCUGAGAAUGAUCUUCCAGAAUGGAAAGAACGAGGAACUGGUGAUGUGAAACUCCUGAAACACAAGGAGAAGGGAACGAUUCGCCUCCUCAUGAGGAGGGAUAAAACCCUAAAAAUCUGUGCAAACCAUUACAUCACGCCCUUAAUGGAGCUGAAGCCUAACGCUGGCAGUGACAGGGCAUGGGUCUGGAACACACAUGCUGACUUUGCAGAUGAAAGCCCCAAGCCUGAACUCCUGGCAAUCCGAUUUCUAAAUGCAGAGAAUGCACAGAAAUUCAAGGCAAAAUUUGAAGAAUGCAGGAACGAAGUAGGCAAGAAAGCAAAAAAAGCAGGCACAGACAAAAAUGAUAGUGCUGAUAAAGUUGCUGAAAAACUAGAAGAGCUUUCUGUAAAGGAAGAGAGCAGGGAAUCUGAGAAGAAAGAGACCAAGGAGAAAACUGAAGAAAAGCAAUAAAAUCAUCCUGGGCCUUGCAGUUUUUCCUUUACUUUUUCCUUUUUUUUUUUUUUUCUUUUUUUUGUAGUUUUCUUUUGUUGUUGUUUUUUUGUUUUGUUGUUUUAUUUUGGUUUUUCUUUUUUACAAGGGACUUUAUAUGGAACUGAAUUCAACAUUCACAUUGUUUUUUCUAAGCUUUUGCCCUUUGGAAGAUGUCUUCAGAAAAUUUCAUUCCCCAGUCAUGAAGAUGUACUGUGCUAACUUUCUUUUCCAUAGUGGAAACACUUAUUUAUAGUCAUCCUAAAGAGUGAAUAAAACAAACUUGAAAACAGCAUCAGGGGACAGAACUGAGUUUUCUGUAUACUGUAAAGGCUUAUGAAUACACUUGUUUAAUUGAGCUACAUAUCAUUCCUGUGGAUUAAGUAGGUUAACAGACUUUGUCAUCAGGGAAGAUUAGGAUUGCAUUUGUGUUUCUUAUAUGACUUCUAAACUAAUCUAACAGACCUUUCACACUGCUGCUGUGUGUACCUGAGCAGGGAAUGUGCCUGUGCUUCUUGAAAUGCAGCAGACUUCUGCAAUCAGGCAAUAUGAACAUUCCUGGCACACUGCUGAUGAUGACCCAUCAGACAGUGAAAAUAAAGGUGGGGCACAAAAUUGAUUAUGUCAGAUUUAAGAAGCAGAACAAAAAUCUGUGCUUCCCCCCCCACCCCAAAUUUGUUCAUAGUACAAAGGCUCGAUUCUAGCAGAAAGCUCCUGCUAUUGUCCCAGAUCUUCCACGGUGCUGUUUGCUGACUGAAGGCAGCAGCCUGUUCCACUGACAUGUGUGCAAAGGAAUCUGAGCUGUCUGAGUACCUUGCUGUGAGAUUGCCCUUGCCAGCAUAUUGUUGUAGUUUCAAGAAUGUAUAGGUCUAAAAUGUAUUCAGCUUUUUUUUCCCAGGGAUUUGGAGCUCAUGUUUUUACAAACUGGAGGAGUUUUGAACUUCUCAGAUGUUUGGCAGGGAGGCUGUACCCUCUUGGAGAGCAGCAGGCUGGAAUUGUCUUUGGAACAGUUAAUUAUGGUGCACAUGCUUGAGGGACAGCCUCCUUGCCAGAAUGGGCAAAUUGGUCAAAUCUCUUCCUGCAAAUGUUUUUUGUUUUCUCCAAUUUCAAAUUAGUGCUAGAGUGUAAGAAAAUAAACUGUAGUAAGCAAUAAAAUCAACACAAUUAAGUCUGAUAGAUAAAUUGAAUUUUGUUGUUAAACACUAAUUCAAAGAUUAUGUUAGGGUAGAGAUGAAAUUUUAUAAUAGUUUCCAAAAUAAUUAUGAAAACUGGACAAAACUUGCUAAACUGUAAGACUGAAUGAUGUUAACAUGACCUCUGUCUUCAUAAAGAGGCUUUUAACUCAGUCAGGUUCUGCAGUCUACCUGAGGAAAAUAUAUUUUUAAAAAAUAAAUCAUGUCUUCUUAGCACUGCCUUUUGAUGCUACAGUGAAUGAGUCUUAAAUCUGGAACUGUAAUUAAGGUACUCACUUCAUUCAAAGAAAAUAAUUCCUUUGGUGUUUUGCACGUUUCCCUUCAACUACAGCAGAUAUCAAAAGUCUGUUAAUUAACAAAGAUCGUUGAAAGGCAAAAUAAAAUGCUCUUUAGUGUUUCUGGUUUGGAAAUAACAAGACAAAGCUAUUUUGAAGUAUUUAACAUUUGAAUGUAAAAGCCAAAUCUUUAUCCAUGAAUCACUGUAAAUGAUCUGAUAAUGUCAAACUGUGUCUAAAUUGAUAGAAAUGACUUAAAAAUUUCAAAAUAAACUUAAAUUUUCAUUUAAA